AUGAUGAUGGCUCACUCAAUGGACGACAGAGACUCUCCGGAUAAGGGAUUCGACUCCGGCAAGUACGUUAGGUACACGCCGGAGCAAGUCGAAGCUCUUGAGAGAGUUUACGCCGAGUGCCCUAAACCCAGCUCUCUCAGAAGACAACAGCUCAUUCGUGAAUGCCCGAUUCUUUGCAACAUCGAGCCACGUCAGAUCAAAGUCUGGUUCCAAAACCGCAGAUGCCGAGAGAAGCAGAGGAAAGAGUCUGCUCGUCUUCAGACAGUGAACAGAAAGCUGAGUGCCAUGAACAAGCUUUUGAUGGAAGAGAACGACCGUUUGCAGAAGCAAGUCUCCCACUUGGUCUACGAGAAUGGAUUCAUGAAACAUCGAAUCCACACUGCUUCUGGGACGACCACGGACAACAGCUGUGAGUCUGUGGUCGUGAGUGGGCAGCAACGUCAGCAGCAAAACCCAACACAUCAGCAUCCUCAACGUGAUGCUAACAACCCAGCUGGUCUUCUCUCGAUUGCGGAGGAGACCUUGGCAGAGUUCCUUUGCAAGGCUACAGGAACUGCUAUCGACUGGGUUCAGAUGAUUGGGAUGAAGCCUGGUCUGGAUUCUAUUGGCAUUGCAGCUGUUUCACGCAACUGCAGUGGAAUAGCAGCUCCUGCAUGUGGCCUCGUUGCUGAAAUCCUCAAAGAUCGACGAUCUUGGUUCCGUGACUGUCGAUGUAUCGAGACACUGAGUGUUCUUCCAACUGGAAAUGGUGGAACUAUCGAGCUUGUCAACACUCAGCUAUAUGCUCCUACAACAUUAGCAGCAGCUCGUGACUUUUGGACACUGAGAUAUAGUACAAGUCUAGAAGAUGGAAGCUAUAUGGUUUGUGAGAGGUCACUCACUACUGCAACUGGUGGCACCCAUGGUCUGCUCUCUUCUAGCUUCGUGAUAGCCAAAAUGCUGUCAAAUGGAUGUUUCAAGUGUUCCUGCAGUCUUGAGGCCUCUUCAUGA